AUGAAAGACAUCAAAAACGCGCUUUGUAAACAGCUAUUAACUAAGGAAGGACUCAUUGGUGAUUAUAAUUACAAGCACCUCUUUACUCCCAAGGUUCCGCAUUUGCGUUUCUGGAAGAAAAGACCCCCACAAGACGAUGCCGUUAAUCAGCCGUUUUUCGCAGUGGACCAACCCAUGCCUAUCCUACUGGGAAUGAUUUUGGGUUUUCAACAUGCGUUGGCAAUGUUAGGUGGUGUUAUGGCACCACCGUUGUCAAUAGCUUCAUCAGCGAACCUUUCUGAUGCUGACCAACAAUAUCUUGUCUCUUGUGGUCUCAUAGUUUCGGGAAUUCUCACGGCUGUUCAAGUUGCGCGUGCAAGAAUAUGGAAGACAAACUAUUAUAUUGGUAGUGGUCUUAUCUCAGUGGUGGGUAUCUCGUUUACAACUGUCACGAUCACCUCCAAUGCCUUUCCAAUGAUGUAUAACUCUGGCUUUUGCCCUGUUGAUGCUAGCGGUGCAGAACUUCCGUGUCCUGAUGGUUACGGAGCCAUUAUUGCGACAGGAUCUGUUUGUGCCCUUAGUGAAAUUGCUAUCUCAUUUUUACCUCCAAAGGUGAUCAAGAAACUAUUUCCGCCCAUCAUCACGGGCUCAGUUGUCGUUGUUAUUGGCUUAUCAUUGGUGAAAAGUGGAUUCAAAGAUUGGCUUGGUGGAUCGGGUUGUAUGUCGAGCGACUAUUGUCCAAGUGCGAGUGCACCACAUCCACUGCCCUGGGGUUCGGCUGAGUUCAUUGGGCUUGGUUUCCUUGUCUAUGUCAGCAUCAUCGCUUUUGAGAAGUGGGGAGCGCCAAUCAUGAAAUCCUGCUCUGUCAUCUUAGGACUGCUAGUUGGAUGUAUUGUGGCGGCUGCGUGCAAUUACUUUGAUAAUUCAUCCAUUUCAAGCGCACCUGUUGCUAACUUCUUGUGGGUUAAGACUUUCAAGCUGAAAGUUUAUGGCCCAGCGGUACUCCCAAUGCUUGCAAUGUACAGCACUUCAGCAUUACAAGCCAUUGGAGACAUCACUGCAACUUGUGAUGUUUCUCGAGUUGAAGUAGAAGGCCCGCAGUUUCAAUCCCGGAUCCAGGGAUGCCUUCUUGCAGAUGGUGUCAGUGGGGUCUUGUCUGGUCUUUUCACUCUCACUCCUGUGGGCACAUUUGCUCAGAACAAUGGAGUGAUUUCCAUUACUAAGUGCGCAAACAGAAAAGUCGGAUAUUGGUGCUGUUUCUACCUCAUCGUAAUGGGUGUCUUCUCCAAAUUUGCAGCAGCAUUGGUUGCAAUUCCAAAAGCAGUGCUUGGUGGAAUGACUACAUUCCUAUUUGGAUCCGUGUUUGCCUCUGGGCUCAGUAUCAUUGGCCUUUGCAAGUUUACGAGGAGAGAUAGAUUUAUUCUAACCGGAGCUUUAGUUCCUGGAUGUGCCGCUGUUCUGAUUCCGACAUGGUUUGACAACGUGUUUACAUAUUCCGGGUCAAAUGAUGCUCUUACGGGGUUCCUUCAAGCAAUUAUUAUGGUCAUGGAAACUGGAUAUGCUUUGACUGCCGUGUUGGGGGUUAUACUCAACCUUAUUAUUCCUUGGGCUGAAGAUGACUUUGAAGCUUACGGCAUCUCGGAGAACGUUGAACUCGAAAAUGUGAGCAACGUAAACGUUUUGAUGGGACCUAAAGAACUUGAAAGUCAGGGCUUGUAGGUUAAAUUUUAUAGGGGCUAUAUAUCAUUGGAUUAGUUGCCGUGAACUGAAAACCGAAAGGCUCUUCCUCAAUUUGGGCGCACACUGCUUGAUUGUGAACUGCAAUCUCAAACAAAAGCGUGGCGUCAGCAAAAGGCGCUAGUCCUUUCUUGCACAUUGGGUCCACAUAUUAAUCCUGAGUUUAUAGUUUUCCUGAUACAGCAACGAGCUUUUGAGGAGUCUGAUUAUGGCUGUGGCUAUGAUUGUGUCCCGGUCCAUGAUGGUGCAGAGAAUGCUGUAUGUCGUGCACAAUGUUCUUAACAAUCGUAUUUUCUUUUUCGUUCUUUGCGCCAGAGGACUCAGAGUCGUCAAUCUCUUCUGAUUUUGAAGUUUCCGAUGGGGCGUCAUCUUCACCACUAGAUUUCUCACUUUCAUCUUCGAGAGCCUCCUCAGUUUUUGUGCCGAUUUUGGAUUCGACUACAGCCUCGUCCGCUUCUUCUUCUUCUUCCUCAUUUUCUAACAUUAACCAUGGCUCAAAUGGAUCCUCAAAGGCUUUGUUGAGCUUUUUUUCAAUGUCCAGCAGACCGUUAGCAUUUUUGACAAUGCCGUCAAAUCUUUCCAUUUCCUCAUCAGUCAACAAAGCACUGUCAAGAGCUUUCGUAAUUUGCUCUUUAUCAAUCGAAAGACCAAUCAUCACAAUUUCUUGACGUCUGUCGCCGUGGGCUCCCUGGAAAUCUUGCAAAAUCAUCUCGACGGCUUUUGGGUCCUCCGGCCAAAAUUCUCUGCUGACGGCAAACCAUGGCAUACCUCCUUUCAAAGUGAGCAUUGUACCCGCAUGACUCCAUUCACCUCUCACAAUGUACCUGGAAGCGAUCCAGAAGUCACCUUUAGAACGAAGGAGGGGACCAAACGCAGAAUUCUUUUUGUUCUCGAUAGUAGUCUUCUCAUCCUCUUCCUCCUCAUCUUCCUCAUCAUCGUCCUCUUCUUCGUCAUCUUCAUCUUCAUCAUCGUCCUCACUGUUCUUUGUAUCAUCAAGCUGUGUCUGCUCAAUAACAUAGAACUUAUUGACGACAAGGUCAUAAAGUCUUUGCGGAUGGAAAGGUUUCCGAGCCGUGUACACAAAGUUGUUGAUACCAUACUCCUCGGUUUCAGGCUUCGGGGCCAGUCUGCUAGAUUGGUUGUCUCCAAAUUUUCCCUCACGGAUGCUCAUCUCCUUGAUGCUCUGUAGCCACCCUGCAGAUGUAGUUGCCUUUUCAAAAUCAUACAGGCCGGUAUUGAGAAUGUGUUUGAGGUCAAUUUUGCAGUAAUCGGUCUUGUAUACCUUAGCCACCGGGUUCAAUUGAUGGACAAUCUUUUCAAUGUCGGCGAUUUUCUUUUUUGAAAUUCCACUCGUUUUGUUCAAGAUAAUGACAUCACAGAACUCGAUCUGAUCGACCAUCAAGUCUGUAAUGGUUCUUUCUGCUUCACCUUG